GCCAGCAGACAGCAGGCUGACAGCAGACCUGGAUCUCGUCAGCUUCUCCUCGACAACUAUAAUACAUCAAAUAAUCUAAGAACUGAUGAAUUAUACGAGGAGGAGAUGGAAGCUGAGUUGCAGGAGGAGAUGAUGAUGAGAGAGGACAGAAGGAUGGUACAUCAGAGGGAGGAGAGGAUUCUUCAGGAUGAAACCUACACUUCACGACUGAUAAGCAGCAUGGCGAGAGAUAAUGAUAAUUAUUAUUGUGACCGUGAGGGUGACUCCCAGGCUCCACCAGAUUUAGAACCAGUAACUCCACAACCUACAGAUAUGGUUGGUCAAGAGGAUUGUUAUGAACCAUCUGCUGAUGAGCUGAUUGACGUGUUGAAGAACCUGGAAAACUUGGCAGCAUCAAACCCUGGACUAUACAAAUCCAUUGUUUCUCAGAUUAAAGCUACGACAGAACAAGAAGAGGCAACCCUUAAUUACAUAGAGAACACAUCCAAUUAUGUUCCGACUCUAGCCGAGAGCCAGCAGUAUGCUGAGGAGCAGGCCUAUUACGAGCAGCAGCUUCAGCAGCAGCAGCAACAGCAGCAACUGUUUCAGCAGGAGACUCAGUUCUAUCAGGAGGAGGAACACUUGAUGAAUGGGGACUCUAACCACAUGUACGAGUCUAAUGAGUUGACCCAGCAGGAGAUGUACCAGAGGGAACAAGAGAUUUACCAGGAGCAGCAGCAGUAUGAGGAGAGCAGCGAAAUGAACCAUAUGAAUGGAGUAAACCAGGAGAUAAUUGAAACUGAGGAGGAGAGAAACAAACGCCUAAAGAUGGAGAGACUGGAAAGAGAGGCAAAUGAAGAGGUGCGUAUAGCUCUACAGAAGCAGCGUGAAAUGAAAAUGGCUAAACUGCAAGCAGCCGAACCCCCUAAACCCAAGGAGAUCACAGUUAUUGCUGGAGACGGAAAGCAGGUUAAGAUUGUUCUAGGAGGAGAACCUAAUACAGAGGAUAGUAGGAAACAGGUUGCUGAAGCAGCUGGGCUCAAGCAUGUUCCUCUGCCUGAUUUUGACGGAGCUGCCUGGGCAGGAUCUUUGAAGAAAACUGACCGCCAGCAACAACAGGGGUCAAAACAAGAGGAUGUUGGUGGCUCCCCCUGGGCUGGCUCCCUGAGACAUGUUAAGGAGAGAGCCAAGAAGAGUUCUAAGAAGGAAGAUAAUGACUUGUAUGGAGCUGCUCCAUGGAUGGGAACUCUUAGGCAUGUUGUUCAUGAUAACAAGGUGACUAAAAACUUUGGUGUAAACCAGUUCCAGAGUAAGCGGUAUCCUGAUGAGGAUGCAACAAACCCUUUUGAAGGCCAAGGAGGAAUUCAUGCUCGGCCUGCCUACCCCCUCUCCCCUGCUGCCAUCAUCAACGGCUGCGCCAUGUCCCGCGACGCUAUGGCUAGGAAGGAGGAGGAGGAGGAGGUACAGAGGAUUCGUGGAAACAUCAAAUCAUCUGAGACGGUGUCUAGUGCGCUUCUGAAAGUUCUGAUGCCGAAACUGCUCAAGAUGCAUGAAACUAAAUACCCUGCAAUAGAUAGGGAUGAGGCGUCAAAAAUCAUGGAGGAAAUCUUAUCUAUGCAGGUUGGGCUCAAUGUGGACCAACAGGCUGAUGCUAAUGAGGAGGCUGACAUGAUAAUUAGAGCGAUCAUGCAGGAUGAGGUUGGAAAGCAUGUUUAUUCUAAAAUGGCAGACGACCUUGAAGCCGCAGCACAAAGGAGGAGAAAAGAGCUGAAAAAGAAAAAAGUUAAGAAAACCAAACCUGCCCCCUCCACUGUUCAAUCUGCAGCCUGAAUACUACCCCUCCACUGUUCAAUCUGCAGCCUGAAUACUGCACCCUCCACUGUUCAAUCUGCA